UACUGCGCUGGUACCUGGCCACCGGCGACGACAUCUACGACGUGCCCCACAUCCGACACGUGCACGCCAAUGGAACCCUGCAGCUGUACCCCUUCUCGCCCUCCGCCUACAACAGCUACAUCCACGACAACGACUACUUCUGCACGGCCGAGAACCAAGCCGGCAAGAUCCGCAGCCCCAACAUCCGCAUCAAAGCUGUUUUCAGGGAGCCCUACACGGUGCGGGUGGCGGACCAGCGCUCUAUGCGGGGAAACGUAGCCGUGUUCAAGUGCCUCAUCCCCGUGGCUGUGCAGGAGUACGUCAGCGUCGUGUCCUGGGAAAGGGACACGGUUUCCAUCGUACCAGGUAACAGGUUCUCGCUGACCUCCUUCGGGGCUCUUUACAUCUCCGAUGUUCAGAAGGAGGACGCCCUCUCCACAUACCGGUGCAUCACCAGACAUAAGUACAGCGGCGAGACGCGCCAAAGCAACGGAGUCAGGCUCUCUGUAAUGGACCCAAACGAGUCCUCCCCUACCAUCCUGGACAGUUUCCAAGCAGGCGAGGUGAACGCAGGCCAGAGUAUCGAGCUCCCCUGCACAGCGGGAGGGUAUCCCACCCCCACGGUGCGCUGGCUAAAAGACGGUCGCCCACUCCCCUCGGACGCCCGCUGGACACGGCGUUUGACGGGGCUGACCAUCAGCGACCUGAGGCAGGAGGACAGCGGCAGCUAUGCAUGCGAGGUCACCAACAGCUUUGGCUCAAAGGAGGUGUCUGGACUGCUUCACGUUAUAGAUCCCCUACGAGUCACCCUGUCCCCUAAGAACCUGAAGACUGGCAUCAGCAGCACGCUGUUCUUCACCUGCACUGUGGAGGGCUCUCCAGAAUACACCAUCAGCUGGUACAGCAACACGGAGCCCAUCGUCCCCGACCAGCACAUCUCCAUCCAGGGGCAGCACAACGACACCUUGCAGAUCACUGCGGCUCAGAAGUUCCACUCCGGGGCCUACCAGUGCUUCGCCUCCCGAAAGGGCCACACCGCUCAGGACUUUUCCAUUAUUCUGCUAGAGGAUGGUACUCCUCGUAUUGUGUCUUCCUUCAGCGAGCGCGUGGUGAACCCCGGCGAGCCUUUCUCCCUCAUGUGUGGCGCCAAAGGAGCCCCGCCUCCCUCCAUCACCUGGACGCUGGAUGACGAGGCCGUGGUGCGAGACUCCACCUACAAGACCAGCCAGUACACGCUGUCGGACGGCCUGACCGUGUCGCACGUCAACGUCAGCAGCCCGCUCAUCCGGGAUGGGGGAGUGUAUCGGUGCGUCGCACGCAACUCGGCCGGUAGCGCCGAGUACCAAGCGCGCAUAAACGUAAGAGGUCCACCCCGAAUCAGACCCAUGCGGGACAUCACCGCUGUGGCGGGCAGGAACACCUACAUAACGUGUCGGGUGAUUGGCUACCCGUAUUACUCAAUCAAGUGGCUGAAGGAAGGCAUGCAGCUGCCCGAUAAUCAUCGUCAAGUGGUGUUUGAGAACGGCACGCUGAGGCUGACGGACGUGCAGAAGGGCGCGGACGAGGGCACCUACUUGUGUAGCGUUCUGAUCCAGCCCCAGGUGUCAAUCAACCAGACCGUUCACGUCACUGUCAAAGUGCCGCCGCUCAUCCAGCCCUUCGACAUCCCCUCUACCUCAGUGGGGAAGCUCAUGUACAUCGCCUGUGUGGUGUCAUCUGGGGACAUGCCCAUACGCAUCACCUGGCACAAAGACGGCCAGCUCAUCGUGCCAGGCUCCGCCUCUGGCGUCGCUAUAGAGACCAAAGAGUUCAUGAGCUCCCUGCAAAUAUCCAAGGUGACACUGAAGCACAACGGAAACUACACCUGCAUCGCCAGCAACGCCGCCGCCACCGUCAGCUGGGAGAGGCAGCUGAUAGUAACUGUGCCUCCACGCUUCACGGUGCAGCCCAACAAUCAAGACUGCAUCUACGGCAAAGCUGGAGUUCUCAACUGCUCUGUGGAGGGUUACCCACCUCCAAAAGUCAUGUGGAAGCAUGCAAAAGGUAACAUCAUCACUGCCUACAACAUAACAGAAACAGAAAACAAGAAAAGAACCAGCACUAACACGCGUGUUCUUUGUGGUGCAGGUGUAGGAAACCCUCAGCAGUACCACCCAGUCCCUCUCACUGGCCGAAUCCAGAUCAUGUCAAACGGCUCUCUGCUCAUCCGACACGUGCUGGAGGACGACCGAGGCUACUACCUCUGCCAAGCCUCUAACGGCGUGGGCUCAGACAUCAGUAAGAGCAUGAUCCUCACCGUCAAAAUUCCCGCCAUGAUCACCAGCCACCCCAACACCACCAUGGCGAGGAAGGGCCAGACCAAGGAGCUGAACUGCACGGCGCGCGGAGAGCAACCCAUAAUUAUCCGCUGGGAGAGAGGGGACACAGUCAUCGACGCCGAGAGAAACCCCCGCUACUCCAUAACCAUCAACAAGAAGGGGGACGAAGUCAUCUCCACGCUUAAGCUGAACCCGGCCGAGCGAGGGGAUUCUGUCUUCUUCUCCUGCCACGCCAUCAACUCCUAUGGAGAGGGUCGAGGGCUCAUCCAACUCACUGUGCAAGAACCACCAGACCCCCCUGAACUGGAGGUGAGGGAGGUGAAGGACAGGAGCAUGAACCUGCGCUGGAUCCAAAGGUUCGAUGGAAACAGCAUCAUCACCAGCUAUGACAUCGAGUACAAGAACAAGUCAGAUACCUGGGAUCACAUGUACACAACCAGGAACAUCUCCCCCACCAACAACCAGGCCAACAUCGUGGAGCUGCACCCGGCCUGCGUUUACAGCAUCCGCAUGUACUCCUACAACAAGAUAGGCCGCAGCCUCCCCAGCAAAGAGCUCACCAUCAGUACUGAGGAAGCACCUCCUGAUGGGCCGCCGAUGGAAGUCAUCCUCACACCGAUGACAUCCCAGAGCAUACGUGUUACAUGGAGGGCUCCGAAGAAGGAGUUGCAGAACGGGGUGAUCCGAGGCUACCAGAUCGGUUACAGAGAGAACGGUCCGGGCAGCAACGGCCAGUACAGCAUCGUGGAGAUGAAAGCUACGGGGGACAGUGAAGUGUACACCUUGGACAACCUGAAGAAGUAUGCCCAGUACGGGGUAGUGGUCCAGGCCUUCAACAGGGCCGGGACAGGUCCAUCCAGUACUGAGAUCAACGCCACCACGCUGGAAGAUGUUCCCAGCGAGCCUCCUCAGAACGUGCGAGCCAUCUCCGUGACGUCGGACGAGGCGGUGAUCACGUGGUCAGAGCCUCCACGGCUGACGCUGCACGGUGUGCUGAAAGGCUACCGCGUUGUGUUUUGGUCCCUCUUCCCCGACGGAGAAUGGGGGGAGAUGCAGAACAUCACCACCACACGGGAACAGGUGGAGCUGCGAGGGCUCGAGAAGUUCACCAACUACAGCGUCCAGGUGCUGGCCUACACACAGGCGGGGGACGGGGUCCGCAGCAACGUCCUGUACAUCCAGACCCGCGAGGACCUUCCUGGUCCACCGGCGGGCAUCAAGGCGGUCCCCUCCUCUCCGAACAGUGUGGUCGUGUCCUGGUUGCCGCCACUCAAACCAAACGGUGUUAUCCGCAAGUACACCAUCUACUGCUCCAGCCCGGGGUCUCUGCAGCCGGCACCCAGCGAGUAUGAGGCCAACCCGGAGAUGCUCUUCUACCGCAUCACGCACCUUACCCGCGGUAAACAAUACCACAUCUGGUCUGCAGCCGUGACAACCGCUGGCCGUGGCAACAUCAGCUCAAAGGUCACAGUGGAGCCUGCUGGGAAAGUCCCGGGUAAGAUCUUGUCCUUCGGCGGCACGGUGACCACACCCUGGAUGAAGGAAGUGCGUCUUCCCUGUGGCUCCGUAGGAGAACCCGCCCCCACAAUUAAAUGGACCAAAGACAGUGACGACACUGCCAUCCCGGUGACGGCGGACAGUCAGCGGCAGAUCCUAUCCAACGGCACACUGGUGCUGCGUUCGGUCAAAGCGGAGGAUUCUGGGUACUACACCUGCACGGCCACUAACACUCUGGGCUUUGACACCAUCAUAGUCAACCUGGUGGUGCAAGUUCCUCCAGAUCAGCCUCGCUUGACCGUCUCCACCACCUCCACCUCCUCCAUCACCCUUGCUUGGAUCCCUGGGGACAACGGGGGAAGCUCCAUCAGAGGAUUUGUGCUGCAGUACUCGGUGGACAACACGGAGGAGUGGAGGGACGUGUUCAUCAGCUCCACGGAGCGCUCCUUCAGGCUGGACAACCUGCGCUGUGGAACCUGGUACAAGGUCAAGUUGGCCGCCAAGAACAGCGUGGGCUCAGGACGCAUCAGUGAGAUCAUCGAGGCCAAGACACAUGGAAGAGAACCGGUAUUCAACAAGGACCAGCCGCUGCUCACACACAUCAACUCCACCCACGCAGGGAUCAACCUGCAGGGCUGGACCAGCGGCGGCUGCCCCAUCACCGACAUGAUGCUGGACUUCAGACCCAAAGGCACCUGGGCGUGGCAGAGCCUCAAAGCCAACUCCACCUCUCAGCUGUUCCUCAGCGAGCUGCGUGAGGCCACCUGGUACGAGCUGAAGAUGAAAGCCUGCAACAGCGCCGGCUGCGGAAACCAGAGCUCCCAGUUUGCCACCACCGACUACGACGGCAGUACAAUCCCUCCCAUUAGAUCUGCUCGUGGAGAAGGGGAUGACGUGAAGAAGCUGUUCUCCAUCGGCUCUCCCGUCAUCCUGGUCACUCUGGGCGUCGCUUUGCUUUUUAUUAUCCGCAAGAAACGCAAGGAGAAGAGGCUCAAACGACUUAGAGAUGCUAAGAGCCUUGCGGAGAUGCUUAUCAGCAAGAACAAUCGCAGUAUAGACACUCCGGUGAAGGGCCCUCCUCAAGGGCCGAGGCUCCACAUUGACAUCCCACGUGUCCAGCUACUCAUCGAGGACAAGGAAGGAAUCAAACAAAUAGGAGAGGACAAGGCAGCAGUGCCUGUGACAGACACUGAGUUCAGCCAAUCAGUGAAUCCGCAGAACUUCUGCACAGGCGUGUCUCUGCACCACCAGGCCCUCAUCCAGAACUCAGGGCCUUUGAUCGACAUGUCCGACAUCCGCCCAGGCACGAACCCCGUGUCCAGGAAGAGUAUAAAGUCCGCCCACAGCUCCAGGAACAGAUACUCCAGCCAAUGGACGCUGAGCCGGCCGAGUCAGAGCCAAUCGACGGCCUCCGCCCGAACUCUGACCUCCGACUGGCGGACCAUGGGCUCUCACGGCAUCACCGCCACGGAGAGCGACAGCUACAGCGCCAGCCUGUCGCAGGACACAGAUAAGGGUCGGAACAGCAUGGUGUCCACAGAGAGCGCCUCCUCCACCUACGAGGAGCUGGCGCGGGCGUACGAGCACGCCAAGCUGGAGGAGCACCUGCAGCACGCCAAGUUCACCAUCACCGAGUGCUUCAUCUCCGACAGCUCGUCCGACCAGAUGACCACCGGCACCAACGACCCCGCGGACAGCAUGACCUCGCUCAGCACGCCGUCUGAACCCGGCAUCUGUCGCUUCACCGCCUCGCCGCCCAAACCGCAGGACUACGACCGCCGGCAGAAUGUGGCGGUGCCCAUUCCCCACCGCGCUAAUAAAAGUGAAUUCUGCAACCUCCCCCUCUACAUGAAGACAGACCCAUUCUUCCGUAAGCAAGGGGAGCUGCACGACCCCUGCCCAGUGGUGCCGCCGCGGGAAGCCUCCAUCCGCAGCCUGACGCAGCGGGCGUACCACACCCAGGGCCGCCACAAGACUCUAGACCCCAGCAAGCAGCAGGUCCUGACACUGGGCCACUCCGGGCUGAGCAGCCUGGGGGCCAGCUCGGGCACCUCCACCCUCCCCCAGAGGACUCUCACCAUGCCCAGCUCCAACACCGCGGCCACGGCCUCCACCUCCAGCACGAGCAGCAACUGCAACAAGGUGGGCGGCUCCAGAGACUCGCUGCUGGAGAGCAGCUCCUCCGCUCUGGGGAGACUGCAGAAACAGAGCGCGGGGGCGUACUCCAAGUCGUACACGCUGGUGUAGCCUCCGCCCCGCACAGACUCGCUGCCCCGCUGCUUCAGUCUGGCUCAGAAAGGGCAUGCCACCAUCUUUCUAUAAAACCUGACUUACGGUGAACUGCCCAGCGGUCGCUCUGAUUUUCCUCGGGACAGGUUCCUCCCAGACAGAGACCCAGAUAACCCUACGUUAAUGUUCACCUGGGACUCUUUAAAAGAAUUACUAACUCCAACUAACAGAUCCAGCCAGCUGGUGCUCGGCUCCGCCCGCAGGAGUAGCACAGCUAAAAAAAAAACAGGACGUGAUUCUGUGGUCAUUUGGAUAUAAUGACUUUAAUUGAGGAGCUGAAGCUCUUUGUUUAUGAUGAUGAAGACUACGAUAGCCAGUAUGAAGCUGUGUGGCCAUCCUGUCUCUCAUGCACACACACAUACUCCUCCAUAGUUUCAGUAUUAUUGUCAAUUUGCAGGACUUCCAGUUAAGUUCCCUAUUCUUACUGUUUCUCUCACCCUCUGUGUGUCUCCUAAAGUCCCAUAAAGCUAUUGGCAUAUUUUCUCUUUACGGUGAAUCCAAAAGAACAGAUUCAGGUUCUCCUCCAGGAAAGAUCUAUCCCAUAAACGCCCUGCACACGUCUCUCUCCAGCUGAACCGUGUCUCGCUUUUUAAACAAAUCACGACAACCCAAAUAAACCCGCCAUAAGUUCUCACAUCACAAAUAGAGAAUAUUUGGUAUUAUAAAGAAUUUACAUAUAUAUUUCUAUGUAGGUAUAUUAUUGACAUUUAAAUGAAAUUAUGACAAAGUAUAAAUUGUAUGUACUACCAUAGUGUAGUAGUAUAUACAGCAAUUUAAUGUUAAUGUCAAAUUUAAGAACGAGACAAUCGCUCAAUCAUGGAAUUUAAAGAAGAGACAUUUAAAAAAGGUUGGACUAAAGAAAGGAAAUUAAAGUAUGUAUACGGGGUGCUCUGUAUGUUACUGUAUGUAGAGCGCCUAAGAGAAGAGUGUUUCCUGUAUGGAUACAGAGCGGCCCUUUACAAGCCCAAUGUUGAGAGGGGAAAAUACUUUUUAAAUUAUAUUUUAGUUUCAGUUUCUGAAAGGCAGGCUGGCUGGGUUAACCAAACACAACCCCCCUGGUUUAAACUCUGCUGUGUGUUUAUGAUGGAAACAAUCAUGUCAUAUUUAAAAGAUCCAUGAAUGAGGUUUAUGUUAUUUACAGUAUUAAUGCUUCGGUGACCACUUCCCGCCUGCCUUGGUGACACUCAGCCGAACAUCAGAAAGAAUCCCAGUGAUGAUGUGAAUGAAGUCAAAAUAAUAUAAUAAUGAGCGAUGUUAUAUGUCAGGGAGUUCCGCUUUGAAAAAUGAUAUAAUGUUCACACAAUUGAUAUCUUUGUUGUUGCCCUGUCUGAAAUACUGUACAUGUCCCGCCUUCUUUAUCCCCCCCCCUCCAUUUUGUACAUUCACACGUUACCUAUUGGAAUGUCUUUUUGAAGCAUCUCCAUGAUAGCGUUUUGUGCUUUAUAUUUAUUUAUCCAUUUUGCUUUGUUUGUUUGUUUAUGGGACAGGGUGUGUGUUGGUUUUCAUUCAUCAUAUUUGUUUUUAUUUUUAUUUUAGUUUUUGGGUUUUUGUCAAAUGUUUUGGUUCCAGAGGCCGAACAGUACUAAGGCCGGUGGGUAGAUCCAAGUGAAAUCAGGGACUUGUAGCUAUUCGUCACACAAACUGCUGUUGUGUAAAUACUUGACUGGAGUCGGUCCGCAAACCUGAAGCAUUCUGACUCCUGUCCCCCCCCCCCCCCCGCUCAGAUAAAUUAAAGGUUAAAGUUCACCACCCUAAACAUACUAGAUCCAUCAUCUCCACCUGUCAGUGUUGUUUAUAGAUUAAGUCUUGUACAUAAAACACAGUUUUGUAUGAAGAGCUAUUUUCGUCAGAAUAAAUCAGGGGACACAUCAGGGUCGAAUGCCCCACUUUCAAAAUUGAAAUAGUAUCAAAAAUAAAAAUAUUUUACUUCUGAAAUGGGCACAAAAACAACAUUUUUCUUUCCCUUUAUGUUUUUGAUACUAAUUUGUUGGAUUUUUAUUCUUUUUUUAAAGGUUGUUUGAUGUCGUCAUUUGUCCUAUUUACUUUUUUUAUUCUCAUUAUUUUGUAUUUUGUUCAUCCUCAAAAAAUCAUUGCAUGCUUGCUAAAAGGGAAAAAUUGAAGGAAAAAACGUAUGAAAAACAAAACAAACAAAAAAAUAAUGGUGAGAGUAUCCCAAACAUUUGUUUGAGUUGCUUGUUAUAGCAAUUGCUUGUGUUCAAAAGUACAUUUUCUAUGAAAAGAAAGCAAAAACUAAAAAGAUCAUUCUAACACCUUGUGCAAUAAAGCUAUCUUUCAUACGU